AUGGUAAUCAGUUUCUCGAUUACUUCUUCAGCAUUAGGGUUUCUCGCUUCCUCCGGAGAACCUUCUUCCACCUUGGCCUCUUUCCAAAUCAGGUACUACUCUAUGUACGGUCAUGUGGAGAAAUUGGCUGAAGAAAUCAGGAAAGGAGCUGCUUCUAUUGAAGGCGUUGAAGCCAAACUAUGGCAGGUACCUGAGACGUUUUCAGAAGAGGCACUCUCUAAAAUGAACGCAGCACCAAAGAGGGAAUCCCCAAGCAUCACUCUCAACGAGCUAACGAAGUUGAUGUUUUCGUCUUUGGAUUCCCAACAAGCACUGGCUCUCAAGGUGGUGGCCAAGAAACCACCACGCAUGUUCAAGAAACAAAACCACUUCACGCCAUGUAAGUUGGUAUCUUCUACAGCACUGGCUCUCAAUGCACGGAAAUCAAAGGGCGUAGUUAUAGUUAUCAUCGAGGACGAUAACCCAUAUGACAUGGAGGAAAUGCUUAUGCCUUUGCACAAAUAUCUCGAUACGCCUACUGCUCAUGACAUAAUCGACAAUGGAGCAACGUUAAAGAAGCACACGAGGUUCGGCAUUGUGUACAGAAGUACAAAAGCCUUGAGGAGCCUAGGGAAUCUGCAUCACUUUUUGCCAAAUGUUGUGGGUUCGCAAGUGCUUUCUCAAGUGUUUCCGUCAAAUGCAACUACGAAAACUGAAACUACUAAAUCAGAAGCAAGUGUUACAAUUUCAGAAUCGGCAUCAGAUAAGAGUAAAUUUCAGAUGACGGUAAAAAUCCUAAUGAAAGUCUAUGAAGGUUGCAAUACUCAUUUACGGAAGAUGCAAGGAACCAGACGAGUCAACUCCUUGAAGAGAAUUUCUCCAGCAAAUUUUACCAGAGGGGACGCGUACAAGAGUUCCCAACGAGAACAUGAACUUGUGUCCAAGAAUUUGGUUUCAACUUCAAAGAGAAGCAUUGUUGAUCUGCAGAAUGAGUUAAGGAGCGUUUUUGGAGGAAUGGAUGAUGAGAAGAUGUGGAAUCUUCCGGAUGCGGUGAUGUCGGUGACUAGCAACGGUUGCGCCUCGAUAGAAGCGCCAUGGAGAAAGGAGCUCUCGAUCAGAACGGAAGGUAGCGACAAGGAGCGACGACUCAAACCGGAUAUCACCAAGCUUCAGAGAGCACGAGAUAGAUCGAUCCGGAGAAAACCCACCAAAGUGAACUCCUCAGAAGCACACAGAAGAUUGAACGAUGGCGCGAGAAUCGAGACGGAGGAAAAACCAGAUCUAGUGCAGAGAUCUUGGAUCUGA